GGAGAGCAGGAAACGAUAGACAACAAGAAGUGACUCCUGUGCCGACCGGGAGAGGGACGGCUCCUGUCGAGCUGGACUACCAAAGAAAACUGGAUUAAAAGCUUGCAUUCGGACGGAAACCUGGUUUAUUUGAUACGUUGGUAACCCAUGGACAAAUUGGCCGUGGAUACAUGUUUAUCAAGUGUGUUUUGAGCCCAAUCCAAGGAUUUUAAAGUUUCCGCGAUCUCCUCUCUUGGAUCUUACAGUUUUUGCCAGGCUGUGAUGUGGUGACGCGGCUCGUCGACGGGAAGCUAAGCUAACGUUAGCUGGCAAAAGAAAAUACACCAGAGAAAAUGUGCUUUGGAUAUUUUAGUUCUUUUGACUUAGUCUUAAUUUUUUCAUUUGACCCUUGAAGUUGGAUUACAAACACUUUAUAUGCGUUGCCUGGUAUUGUCUUGGACAGUAACAUUUCACUUUUUAGUUGCAGUCUAAUGAGCUAUCGUAACCGGCUAUAGUGCCUAGCUAGCUCUGGCCAUUUGAUUGCUAACGUUAUCUAGCUACAUCUGUUUCCACUUUUGUUCCUUGUAAGGAGUGUUGCCUAGCUGGCUAACGACACUUUUUUUUAUUGAACAAAGUAUACAAAUGUUAGGAUGAGUUAAUAAUUGCGUGUAUAGUAUAUGUGCAAAUACUAAUAAUCAGUUUGACUCACUUUUGUCUUGUGCAAUGCAGAAGUAACUACCGUUAGCGAAAUAGCUAGCUAGAGUUGGAGUAUUGCCCUCUGAUGUGGGUCUGGCAGUGCGGCCUUUGGAAUUAUCUUUUUUUUGUUCGCCGUCGUGGGCCUUUCAGUCUGGAUGGUUGUCAACAUUUCAAUGGAUUUAAUGUUUUGAAUGGCUUGGAUUAUUCAUACAAUUGUACCGUUGCAUUAGUUGGACGAACUGGCUAGAAAUUAAGUUGAAGAAAGCUCGGCAACAUAAAAAGAAAAGUGGACAUCACAAAGGAAUUUCGCCUACUUUGCAAAGAUGAUGUGCGAGGUGAUGCCCACCAUCAGCGAGUCGGAGGGGCCUUCGGGUGGCCGGCGGGGGUCUGGCUCGCCUCUGCAUUCGGACUCGGAGGGGCACUUUGAAUCUCUGAUGGUUUCCAUGCUGGAGGAACGCGACCGGCUACUGGACACGCUGAGGGAGACCCAGGAGAACCUAGGCCUGACCCAGGGAAAACUGCACGAGGUCAGCCACGAGAGGGACUCCCUGCAGAGGCAGCUUAACACCGCCCUGCCCCAGGAGUUUGCUGCGCUGACCAAGGAGGUGAAUGUGUGUCGGGAGCAUUUGAUGGAGAGGGAAGAGGAGAUCGCUGAGCUCAAGGCUGAGAGGAACAACACACGGCUUCUCCUGGAGCAUCUGGAGUGUCUGGUGUCUCGUCAUGAACGCAGUCUGAGGAUGACGGUGGUGAAGAGGCAGGCCCAGUCUCCUGCUGGGGUCUCCAGUGAGGUAGAGGUCCUCAAGGCACUCAAGUCCCUGUUUGAACACCACAAAGCCCUGGACGAGAAGGUCAGGGAGAGACUGCGUGUGGCUUUAGAAAGAUGCAGCCAGCUGGAAGAACAGCUCACAUCACAACACAAAGAGAUGUCCUAUCUGAGAGAGCAGAACAUCCAGAAGAGGUCGCUAGGCGACGGAAUGGAAGGGCUCAACCACGACUCUGAAAACACCCCAAGCACAAACGGCAAGAGGUCGUCAGACGGCUCUCUGAGCCAGGAGGAGGACCAGGGGAAGAUGGGAGAGCUGCAGGAGGUGGUGGCGAGACAGACGUCAGACCUGGGGCAGAUGAUGGAGCGCAUGGCGGCCAUGACGGGACGCAUCAGCGAGCUGGAGGAGGACCUGGACACGGCGCGCAAGGACCUCAUCAAGAGUGAAGACUUGAACACACGCCUGCAGAGAGACAUACGAGAGUCUAUGGCCCAGAAGGAGGACAUAGAGGAGCGUAUCGUCACCCUGGAGAAGAGGUACUUGGCAGCGCAGCGAGAGGCCACCUCCGUACACGACCUCAAUGACAAGCUGGAGAACGAAGUGGCCAACAAGGAGUCCCUGUUCCGACAGACAGAGGAGAGGAACAGGCAGCUGCAGGAGCGUUUAGAGCUGGCCGAGCAGAAGCUGCAGCAGACCAUCAGGAAGGCGGAGACUCUGCCCGAGGUGGAGGCGGAGCUAGCCCAGAGGGUGGCGGCCCUCACCAAGGCGGAGGAGCGUCAUGGCAACGUGGAGGAGAGGGUGAGGCAGAUGGAGACUCAGCUGGAGGAGAAGAACCAGGAACUGCUCAGGGCGCGCCAGAGGGAGAAGAUGAACGAGGAGCACAACAGGCGUCUGUCGGAGACGGUGGACAAGCUGCUGUCAGAGUCCAACGAGAGGCUACAGCUUCACCUCAAGGAGAGGAUGUCUGCCCUAGAGGACAAGGUGGGUGGGUUAGGUUACACCCUAGAGGACAAGGUGGGUGGGUUAGGAUACACCCUAGAGGGCCCUGGCCCCUCCAUAACACCAGGACCUGGUUCCUCCAUAUACCUAGGACCUGGCCCUUCCAUACCCCCAGGACAUGGCCCCUCCAUACCCCAGGAUCUGGCCCCUCCAUAUCCCCAGGACCUGGCCCCUCCAUAA